UGAGUCAGCAAGAUUAGAGAGCUCUUCUGCUUCUGCGACAUAAAUUCAACAUGGAUCCCGGUCAGGAAUCUUUGGUGGAACAAUUUAUUAAAGUCACUGAAGUAGACAGAGAUCGAGCCAAAUUUUUCCUUGAGUCUUCAUCAUGGGAUUUAGAACUUGCCAUGGAGAGUUUUUACAAAGAUGACCAAGAACCUGAUAUGUACGAUAUGUUUCCAUCUGCACCUAUACCUGAAGCUACGAAACCACCUUCGGGACCGGCAUUUGAUCCUACUCCAGUGACCCAAGAAGGAAACCCUCGAUUUGCCUCUAUCGCUGAUAUGAGACAAGGAGAAACUGCAGAUAGUGAUGAGGAAGGACAAGCCUUCUAUGCCGGUGGAUCUGAACACAGUGGUCAGCAAGUAUUAGGUCCUCCAAAGAAGUUUAUGGAUUUAUUUAAACAAGUUAAAAAAGAUGAUGAUUCUGGGCCUGAAGAAGAUUUUGAAUCCAAGUCUUCAGCUUUUUGUGGUACUGGUUACAGAUUAGGGGAUAUGGAAAGUACCACCCCUGUUGUAAUUAAAAGUGCAGCUUCAAACGAAAGCCCUGAAAUGGCUAGGGUUUUGAACAUGUGGAAGAAUGGCUUCAAUGUUGAUAAUGGACCAUUAAGGGAAUAUACUGAUGAAAGGAAUAGAGAAUUUCUGGAGUCCAUCACCCGAAGAGAAAUUCCACAAGAACUCAGCAGAGAAGCUAAAGGAGGUAAAAUUAAUUUAAACAUCAAUGAUUAUCACACUAAGGAUUACGUUCCACCAAAGGAAACAGUUGCUGCUUUCUCAGGCAAAGGACAUAUGCUUGGAAGUCCUUUACCUGGUAUGGUAUCUACGACCAACACGUCCCCAGCAACUUCAGCUUCCAGUGCUCCAGUAUCAAACAUUGAAGUUAAUAAAUCUUUACCUACCACAAAUCUGCAAAUUCGACUUUCUGAUGGAUCAAGGAUGACACUGAAGCUGAACCACACCCAUCAAAUUAGUGACAUUAGGACACAUAUUUUAUUACAACAUCCAGAAUAUGAAGGUCGUUCGUUCUUUUUGGCCACAUAUCCCAGCAAAGAGCUACAAAAUGAGAGCUUAACACUAGCUGAAGGAAAUCUUUUAAAUGCUGUAAUAAUACAACGAAUGAGAUAAGCGAAGAAACUAACAUUUCAUUACGCUUUCUUAUUUUCUGUUACCUAACCUAUCCAACUGAUGGUGUAGAAAUUUCUUAGGAAAGGUAACUUCUGUUCUCUGCUUUCUUUUCCUUUUUUUUUUGCCCCAUUUAGCAUGUUAAGUUAAAAUGAAAUAAAAAAAUAAGUUAAAAUCUCACUCUACUGUUUCAACACAGUUCCUAGCAGAGGCCAUAAUUAAAGGACAAAAAAAAAAGUUAAAAAAAAAUUUUUUUCCAAGUCUUAUGUGUAUUUCUUGUUGACGUAUCAAUAUUAAUAUUACAAAUAAUCA